AUGCCUCGAAUGUCGCCCGAGCUGCUGUUGGCCACCCACUCGUACCUCAAUCCGCUCUCCGAUCGCGAGCUCGAUCUGCGCGGCUACCAGAUCCCUGCGAUCGAAAACCUGGGGGUCACUAAAGACUCGCUAGACACAAUAGAUUUAACGGACAAUUCGAUCCGAUCACUAAUAAAUUUCCCGAAAAUGAGUCGGCUGAAGCACCUAUACCUUUCGAACAAUCCGAUCAGCUUCAUCUCGCCGAAGCUACCAGAAGCAUUACCGAACCUGACCUCCUUAGUGCUCAGUCAUUGUAGUCUGAGCACCUUCAACCAGUUGUUCUUGGUCCUCAAACAGUUUAACCGGCUCGAAUUCUUGGUCUUGACUGGCAAUCCGGUCUCGAAAGUCAAGCUUUAUCGCGAUUGGUGUAUCUUUAAUUGUCCGAAACUUCGCAUCUUGGAUUUCAAGCGGGUCAAGGAUAAAGAGCGCAAGACGGCGACAGAAUUGUUCUAUGAUCCGGUCACGAAGGGGCCGACGGGGCUAGCGACCGCACUAUCGGUAUCGGAGGCAGUAGAAGGAGAAGGCGGCGACGAGAUGGCCAUAAGUUCGAGCAAGCGAUCGAACGACAAGGUGGUCGAGCCGGGGCACGCGGGCCGAACACUGACGGCAGAGGAAAGACAGCGGAUCAAGCGGUCGAUCGAGGAGGCCACUUCGGUCGAAGAGGUCCGGCGGCUCAAGCGCAUGCUCGAACAAGGCUUCAUUCCUCGCGACGAUCGGAAACCGACUACUACUACGACCACCACCAACGCACCCAGUACUACUUGA